CUAGGCAUGCAGACUGCUUCUACAAACAUUUGUGAAAGAAUGGGUGGCUCUCAGGAGCUCAGUGAAUUGAAGCGUGGUACUGUGAUAGGUUGCCACCUGUGCAGUAAGUCCAUCCGUGACCUUUCCUUUCUACUAAAUAUUCCACCGUCAACUGUUAGUGGUAUUAUAACAAACUGGGAACAACAGCAACUCAGCCACGAAGUGCAUCGAAUGCAGUAGUGUGUAAAGCAUGCCGCCCUGGACUCUAGAGCAGUGGAGAUGUUUCUCUGUCUGGCAAUCCAGUGGACGUGUCUGGGUUUGGCGGUUGCCUUGAAAACGGUACUUGCCUGACUGCAUUGUGCCAAGUGUAA